GCUGACCAUAUGGGGCAAUGUUCUACAAAGCAACAUUCGACUUCUCCAUCAGGUGACCCGAACGUGCACCCAAUACCCUGGCAAUGUCUUGGCCAAAGUAAGUGCACAUUAUUUCUACACCAGAAAUUUUUCUCUUGUGUGUACAAUUUUGAUCAGAUGAAAAAUGUUACGCACAUUCUCAUUUUACAUGACAGAAUUUUUUUUUUUAUCAAUCCAAAUUAUCUUUGAGUUUCUUGCUUAACAUUUUUUUAUUAGUGCCAGGUUGGAUGACUGAAACAACUUCAUAGACCAACAAGAUUGUUUUUUUUUUAUUGUUAAAUAGCAACUGAUUAAUUUUAUUUUAGAGAGAGAAAACAAACAAAACAAAACAUUGUCAGUUUUAAAAGCCUAAGAUGUUUGUUUUUAUGUUUUAUCAUCACUGUAGGUCAGCUAUGAUUCAGUGCAACAAGAAAUAAUGCAAGCAUGUGAGAAAAUCAAGCAGCUGUUGACUUUUGGUCCUGAUGAGGAUGACAGCACUGUCAGUUUUGUUAGAGUUGUGGAUAAGGUAAACAACUGCUCUUAUUUGCUGUCUUAUGGAAAGACAAAAGCUGCCGUCUUUAUUAGAACUGUUGUUCAGGUGAACAACUGCACCUAUUAGUUACCUGAAUUGCCAGUUGUGUUUGACCAUUUCAGAUCUGCGCCUCUUUUUUAUCUGUUGUAAGUAUGUCUGCAUUGUGGCUCAUGGGGAAAGAGUAUGCCUUAAAUUUAUAUCAUAUAUCAAACCUAACCUAUGUUCUCUCUAACCUAUGGGCGUGCACACAACACAGGGUCUGUAUUGCAAAUACAUAUGGUCUGUUUUGCCAAUGCAUGUCUUGCAUUCUUCCCCAGGUCAUGGAUGCACUAACAGAAGCCCAGCGCAGUGAACUGAAUGAAGACUUUGAGAGUGAAAUAGUCACCUUGGUGCAGCACAGCAUGGCGGUGGCCCACUACACACAUGGGGUCUACAAGGAUGUCAUAGUGGCAUCUUGCCACAGGGUGAGAACCUGUUGUCCAAAUACUUGCUAG